AAGCAAAUAUGUGGUGGGUUGAAGGACACACGGUUUGUGUUGUAUCGAUCGAUGGCAAUCCCGGGGAGGUUUUUUGUGUGCGAUAAGAACGAUUGUAUGGAGAUAAGCAGAAAACAAAACGCUCCAACAUGGGAUGUACUGUACGGAGGAGGCUUCCAGACGAGGAUGCAGGAUGUACAUGUCAACUGAAGUACUGCUGAGAAGAGCUUCCCAAAAGCACCCCAGACCAUGUUUAAAAGGCUCUAAUUGUAUAAGUACCUUUCAUGGGUGGGGGGAGGUGGGUUUAAAUUCUUUCACCCGAGCCUGUUGUCGUAGGUUUUGUAACGAAACUAAUCAAACACUAGCAAUCUUGGUAUGCGAUCGGGGCGAGAUAAUGUGCAUGUUACACUGCUCUUCCUGGUCAGAGCACCGUAUAGGGCAAGGAACCCACACAUCCAUUGCCAACUAUUCGUGAUGUGGAAGAUAGAAGCAGAAAAAAAUUCUCCUCCCGCAAAUCCCAAGCCCAAGAAACAACCAAAAUCCAAACUUUUGAGAAAAAAAAGAGGGAGAUCAUCGCCAUCGGCAUCGGAACGCAUCGCAUCGCCGGCGGGGGGCGGCCUUAGGUUUCUCGCGUGGUGCAUGGUACCGGCGCGCACUCGUACGUUCGUUUGCCCCGCACAAAGUAGGCGCUGACAGGAGCGAAGGUAUAAAACCGGACCGCAAUGCCAGCUCCUGCUCAUUGCUUAUUCGGAAGCUGAAUCGAACGGUAGUGUAGAGCUUGAAAAGUACUUGGAACGCUGUUUUUCUUUUUACAACGUUCGUUACAGCUGUAAACCGGUGCCGAAUUCGUAUACGAUCUAAACUACACGCAGAGAGUAGACAAGUUUUUCCACUAGCCCACUAAACGUUCUGUGUUCGAAAUGAAGCUAUUACCAGUACUGCUGUUGACGCUCGGCGUUACCUUCUGUUGGGCUAAACCUGCCCCACAAGAGGUAUCAGAGAUGGCAGUGGAUAUGAAUACCGCCGAAAAGCUGGAAACCGUGUCGACCCAAAACGAGGCAGAAACUACUACGGUUAGUGCUUCAACCACUACUACCACUGUGCAGUCGAUGUCAUCGCAACCGGUAACGUCCGUGGAGACGACGUCUGCAACAGCUGCCGCAUCUGUGGAUGAAGCCGUCACGAGUGAACCGAUGCAAACUACUGCAGUGGUAGAUGCUAGUCCCGAAUCUUCCACCACUAGUGAGACGGUGGCAGAAUCUUCCACCGCUAGUCAGGUGGUAGCGGAAUCUUCUGCUGCUAGCCAAGAUGUGAUGGAGUCUUCUACUAGCACCCAACCAGCCUCAACAUCAACGACCGUUGCUACCGAUUCGGUCAGUGUACAGACAGCGGCGAGUGAGGAACCUGCCAGCAGCAGUGGAGCCGCCGCUGCUGCUCAGGAAUCUUCAACCGGCACGGCAAUGGAAACGUCCGAUACCAACACGGAACAGACAGCUGUCAGUGGAGCCGCUGCUGAAGGUGAGCAGGUGACAACGGUAUCGAACACCGACACUACCCAGGCACCGAGCGUCGAAACAAGUGAUGCCACCAGCGUGGUACAGACGUCGGCAGGCGACGCUACCGUCUCCGCUGCAAGUACUACUGCUGCCGAAGUGAGCGAUACCACCACUACAUCUGCAUCCACCUCAACAACAUCAACCGCGGCUAGUGUUACCACUGCCGAACCGGUGUCAACCACGUCCGCAGCACCAGUAUCAGCCGAGGUUACUACUACCACCACCACCACCACUACUACCACUACUACCACCGCUGCCUCAACCGAGGUUGAUGCGUCCAAUGACUCUUCGUCCGGUUCUACGGAGAGUGCAUAAAUCUUAAUAAUGUUUUCAACUAGACAAGAUGUCAGCAAAUUAAACAUUCCAAAUCUCCCACAAAAAAAGAAGAAACAAAAAUUACACUAAAUUUAGCAUUGUUUUCCACCACUCCAAAAAACGACCGGAAACAAGUGUGCACGAAAGAAGAGAUAUAGAAGUUUUAUAUAUAGCCCACGAUUGUGCGCUAAUGAUGAGCAAAUUCGUGCGUAAAAGUAGCAAAAAGCACGUGCUGGUCCAACUGUAGAUUGUAACAUACGCCUAGCAUUUACUACAAUUACCGUACCUACUAGUGUAAACCGCAAGCGCACGUAAACGAGCUGGUAGGCGCAUGGGAAAGAAGGAUGGAUACGAAAAUAAUUCCCCCCUAAUAAAAUCUGUUAAACACGUUGGCGAACCA